AUGGCCCUCGGUUGUGCAGAAACAACACUCCGGCGCACAGCGCAAGAGGAAGAGGCAGACGAGCAGGAGAUUCUGCAGAACUUUCUCGACAAGAAGUACAAUGACUGGCCCAACGAAGCUGGUUUUGUCGGUCUUACGGAGCACCGCGGCCCCGUGAAGCUACAGGUCCGCGGGACGAUCCCUUCCUACGCUGCUGGCGCCCUGUACCGCACCGGGCCGGGCGUGGGCGAGUUUGAGACUGCUGAGCGAGGCAAGUAUCAUGUGUCGCACUGGUUCGACGGCUUCGCGCACACGCACCGCUUCGACAUUGCCGCGGCCGCGCCCGACACACCUGAGGGCGGCGCGAGGACGACGGUGACGUACUCGUCGCGCCGGCAGGGACAGGAGUACAUUGACAAGAUCAAGAAGAGGGGCUGGCGCGGCGGCAUCACGUUUGCGCAGCGCAGCGACCCAUGCAUCGGGCUGUUCGCCAAGGCGACGAGCCGGUUUGACAAGGAGGUCAACAACAAUGUCGUGGUGCUGCGCAACGUGCCCGGCCUGGACAAGACAAAGACGAGGACGCCGGCGACGGGCCAUCACGCCGUUACGACGAGCAACAUUACAAUCACGACGGACACCUCUGCCGUUCAGGUCCUCCACAAGGACACGCUCGAGGCGGUGGGCGAUGGCACGCAGGCAGAGCGCUUCCACCCGGACCUCAAAGGCCCCCUGUCCCCGUCCCACGCCCAGCGCGACGAGGAGACGGGCGACCUUUUCAAUGUGAAUCUCGACUUUGGGCGCGUUGCGACGUACCGCUUCUUCCGCGUCAAUGCCAAGUCGGGCACGACGGACAUCCUCGCCACCGUGUCUGAAAAGGACGUGAGCCCCGCGUACAUUCACAGCUUCUUCCUCACACAGAACCACGUGGUGCUGUGCGUGCCGUCGUCGCACAUAGCGUGGAGCGGCACCAAGGUUCUCUGGAAGGGCAACGUGCUCGACGCCAUCAAGCCCUUUGACAAGUCGGCGCUGUGCCAGUGGAUCGUCGUCGACCGGCGGCACGACAAGGGCGUGGUGGCGCGCUUCUCGACACCCGCGGGCUUCUUCUUCCACUCGGUGAAUGCGUUUGAGGAGACGGCCGCGGACGAGCGCGGCCAGCAGCAGACGUACCUGAACCUCGACUACAUCCACUUUGAGACGACGGCGACACUUCACGCCAUGUACUACGACGUGAUCCUCAAGCGCAACGGCGCCGCCGAUGCCUUCUGGGGAGACCGCGAGACGGUCGAGUCGAUGAGACCGCGCUUCGUGCGGCGGCGCUUCGCCCUACCCUCAGCGACGACGAAGCAGCAGAAGACGGAGGCUGCCGCCGCGACAACCGAGGUGCUCUCGAUCCCGUCGCCGCACGUCGGCGAGAUGCCCACCAUCAACCCGGCGUACGCGUGCAGGCCGUACCGCUACGUGUACAGCGUGCCGAGCCGCGGCCUGAGCACGGCGAUUGGCGAGUGCCUGGCCAAGACGGACCUGGAGACGCGCGAGGCGCUCAUCUGGACGGGCCCCGCGGGCCACACCCCCGGCGAGGCCAUCUUCGUGGCGCGGCCCGGGGCGGACGCGGACGAGGACGACGGCGUGGUGCUGAGCGUGGUGCUGGACGGCGAGGGCAAGAGGUCGUAUCUACUGUGUCUGGACGCAAAGACCAUGACGGAGAUGGGCAGGGCCGAGGCGGAUUUCCCGAUUGCGUUUGGGCUCCAUGGGCUGCAUGCGGCGGCGGAUGCCUGA